AUGCGUGCCCGUGAGUCAUUUUUAUCGGAGGGUGAUGCGGACACCCGUUGCUUACGCUUCGACUUUCCACCUUCAUCAUUUCCCACAUCAUCCCUUCCCUCCGGCGUGCCCUCCCGUCAUGAUUCCCUCGUUCCUCCUCCCUCCGCCCCACUCUUUCCCGCCCGUGCCCCACCCUCCCCUCCUCUUUUCGUCCCGUCGCCCUUCCUCUGUCCCCUUCUCCCUCUCCCUUCUCCGCCCUUCCUCGUCUUCUCCUUGCGUCCUCAUUCUCCUCGACUUCUCAUUCCCCUCGCUUCCCCAUUCUCCCCGCCUCCGUUUUCUCAUCCUCGCUUCCUUAUUCCCUGUCUUGCUCCCUUAUUCUCCUCAACCCCCUCCCCAGCGUCCUCUCCUCUCUUGCACAGCAUAUCCUUCAUUCAUUACUGCCUCGUCCUCUCAUCCUCUCUCGGCGCUCCCCUCCCUCCUAUCGCGGGCUCCGCCGCACCCCCGUUACCAAACCCUUUAACAAGUUGGCCCAACGGUACCAACUCGCGCGAGUUCAAGAGCUCGCCGCUGAUGACUUCCUUUUUAUCCUUCCGCUCAUCUCCUCCUUUCGAUCCCCGGCGGUCUUUCUUCCCCCUCUCGCCCUCUUUCCCCCCCUUCCCACAUCCCCCUUCCCCUCAACAGGAGAGCUGGCGGAGGCCCAAGGGUAUUGACUCGCGCGUUCGGCGCAAGUUCAAGGGCACGCCGCUGAUGCCCAACAUCGGUUACGGCAGCAACAAGAAGACCCGGCACAUGCUGCGCAGCGGGUUCCAGGUGUUCCGCGUGCACAACGAGAGGGACGUGGAGCUCCUGCUCAUGCACAACAGGAAGUACGUGGCUCAGAUCGCGUCUGCCGUCUCAACGCGCAAGCGCAAGGCUAUCGUGGAGAGGGCGCAGCAGCUGGAUGUUAAGGUGAUCAACGGCAACGCUCGCCUGCGCAGCACUGAGGACGAAUAG